AUGUAUCUAACGGAUCCAGUCACAAUUAUCCUCUCAAUUGUUACCUGUACUUUUCUGGCAAUUGUUUUGUAUGGAAAGAAGAAAAAGGUUCAUCCAAACUUCCCUCCGGGACCUCCAGCUUUACCAAUUAUUGGAAAUAUGCACAUGAUAAACAUAAAGAAACCCCACCUGACAUUUCAUGAGCUUGCUAAGAAAUACGGCUCAGUGUACAGCCUACAGAUAGGGCCACAGAAGAUAGUUGUGCUGUCCGGCUAUGAGGCGGUGAAAGAUGCCCUAGUCAACCACGCCGAGGUGUUUGUCGAUAGACCACAUGUGCCAUUUUUCAAGGACUUAACUAAGGGAAACGGUAUUUUGUUUUCUAAUGGUGACAACUGGAAAGCCAUGAGACGGUUCACUCAUUCUGCUCUGCGAGAUUUGGGGACCCGGAGCACAACAAUAGAAGAUAAGAUCAGUGAAGAAUGCAGACAUCUAGCAGACACAUUCAAAGCCUACAAAGGAAGACCAUUUGAAAACACCAGCAUUCUGUACGCUGCAGUGGCCAAUAUCAUCAUCUCCAUCGUAUUGGGCCAUCGCUUCAACUAUGAUGAUCCAAAAUUCUGCAGGCUUUUGGCAAUUAAUAAUGAAAUAAUCAGAAUCAUUGGUUGUCUAAUGGUACAGCUGUAUAAUGCAUUCCCAUCUCUGAUCCGAUGGUUUCCUGGAAGUCACAAACAAGCUCAUCAGAUCCUGUAUGAAAUGCACGCCUUUAUUAGAGAAACCUUCACCAAUCAGAAUAAUAAACUGGAUGUCUAUGAUCAGAGGAGUUUAAUUGAUUUCUUCCUUGUCAAGCAAAAAGAGGAAAAGCCAAAUCCCAAUUUACAUUUCACGGAUGCCAAUUUGGCAUUUCUUGUCUCAGACUUAUUUGGGGCUGGAAUGGAAUCAACUGCAACAGCCCUCCGAUGGGGCCUCCUGCUAAUUAUGAAAUACCCAGAAAUCCAGAGAAAUGUUCAGAAUGAAAUAGAGAAAGUAAUUGGUUCAGGAGAAGCUCGUCUGAUGCACAGAAAAGACAUGCCAUAUACUGAUGCCGUCAUACAUGAAAUACUAAGAUUUGGUAAUAUUGCACCAACGGGUGUUCCACAUUCUACUAGUCAAGAUGUGACCUUGAAGGGAUUUUUUAUACCUAAAGGCACGCAAGUCAUUGCAUUGCUGUAUUCUGUACUAAAAGACAAAGACCACUUUGAGAAACCAGAAGAGUUCUACCCUCAGCAUUUUCUGGACUCUAAUGGAAACUUUGUUAAGAAUGAAGCUUUUAUGGCAUUUUCUGCUGGUAAGAGAAGUUGUGCCGGAGAGACGUUGGCUAAAAUGGAACUGUUCCUCUUCUUUACUACGCUGCUGCAAAACUUCACCUUUCAGGCACCACCUGGAGCUAAACUGGACCUCACAGGCGAUGUUGGCUUCUCAACCCCUCCAUUGAAGCAUGAGAUCUGUGCAAUUCCUCGCAACUAA